AUGAGACAGCUAUUAUUACUAGUGCUUUUACCAGCAGUUGUCGCUAAUUUAUGGCUACCAUUUGCAAACUUUGGCACAAUGUUUGGAGCAAUUCGAGAAGCAGCUUUCGGCAGUCGAGAUUUAGAUAGUGAUGUCCCAGUGACAACUCACUCUAAUCCGCUUACUUAUUUUGCUAUGGCUGGCAAAGAACUCCUGCACAACUUGCAAAAAAUCUUUCUUGGUGAUGAUGAGGAAGAUCAAGAGAAAACGGAUGAAUACGAGAUCCCCGAGUCUUUUCGAGAACUGCCAACAGAAAUCCCGGAAGACACAACAACUGUCGAUACUUUCCCAAUGUCGUACACUUUUGGCCCACCGACCACCGAGGAAACCCCAGUUGUUCCCCGGACAUAUUUGCCUGGAUUCAAGUUCACUUUUCCUUACACAACACCGAAUUGGAUGGCUACGACAAGGCUACCGACAAUAGGGCCGAUUAAACCAAGGAUUUGGACAAAAGCUGUUAUGACAACAACACCAACAACCACUGAAAGUUAUAUGAUAACUGAAGAAGAGACAACGAUGCGACCGGUGCCGAUCACGUGGACCCCAUUCCCAAUCCCAGAAUCGACAACUUCUGAAGAAGUUACAACUGAAUGGACGACCACUUCUCCUACUACAACUACAACACAAUAUAUUCGAAUCCCCUGGAAAACCCCUGAAUACACUACCCCAACAACAACACUAUCUGUUCGGGAAAGAAUGACUAGACCGAAUAUCAGAAAAGUGACUCCAACUCCAUCAAGCCGUCCAAUCUAUCCCACGACAAUAAAGGAUAAAGAUGGAUCAACCUGUGAAGUUUGCAGACCUGGACGCCAGUGUCGUGUCAAGUUGAGGAGUUUCGAGACCUCGGAUCCUCUUUUUCAAUACGCGUACAGUCACUCAACAAUGAUUGAUGACAAUAUGCAAGCUCUGCUUCGGGAAACCCAAAUGUUCUAUUUCCCUCCACCAUUAUCUUGGAAAAAUUCUGCAUCACCUGAAGUUGUUCAAUUGGUUCAAACACUUAUGCUUGCUUCUCGUCCAUCUAGAUGCUUAAUCGCUGGCAUUUUUACCGGACUUUCAGUAAUUGGAAUUGGAACUCAUGUUGACACAAGGGGCAUCAUUGUUGCUUUGGAGUAUCCAGAGUUGGUGCAAUAUUGGGAAAAGAUUGGAAUGAGACACGCUCAAAAGCUUAAUCUGAUGUCUCGAAUCCAAGUCCGAUCCGCUGAAACAAUCGAUAGAGGACUGCAAAAGUUGGCCGCAAACGAGCCGAACACUUUUGAUCUCAUUUUCUUGGAUGAUUACCGAAAGCAAAACUACUUGGAUGACUAUGAGCAAGUGAUUAAAUUGGCUCGACCGGGAGGCAUUGUAAUCAUCAACGAGGCCCUAAACGGUGGCAGUGUGAUGAGCCCACCAGAAACAAUGAACGCUGAUGCCAAAGCCGUUCGAAAUAUGAACAUUCGAAUCAAACAAGACACUCGAGUCAGAGCCACAUUGCUUCCAUUCUCCGGUGGAACUUGGGUGAUCACCAAAAUC